AUGCGAAUCUUUGACUGGCAUACUUUCAUCGAGCAAGCGAAAGAAUUCUUUAAAGUGAACUUUAUGCCCUUUCUACUGCUAUUGAGUGGAGGUAUAGCGGCAUUUCAUUACAAGAAAAUGCUGGAAACAAUUAGUAAGUUUCAUUGGUUAAUUAAUCAAUGCUUCACGUUUAACAUCGCUUCAGGAUUCUAGUAGCAGUUUAUUUCUCAAGUUGUUAUAUGUCAAAUGAUGCUGGUUAAAUUCAUGAUUAUUAUUUCUUGUAGAGUGUUGCCCUGCUGCAAGCGCUGUUGGUGACACAUCCAGCGGAAAAUCUACUGCUUUGACAUUGGUAGGCAAGUUGAUGGGAAUGCAUAUGGUGUCCCAGUCGUCUGGGGAAUUCAUCAUUUCCGACCUAACAAAAUCAACGAUUCCUCUAUGUUGGGAUGACCCAACCCAUCCCAGCAUACUUCGCUCGCCCCUUGUUUCCGUAUUCAAUGGUCACGGAAGCCAAACUCAGGAAAGAGGUGAUGAAAAACCGCUCACAACGUUCCUACUCGCGAUAAAUUUUGAACUGAAAGGUGAUAUGAGGUAAUAUUUAAAGAAUAUGCGUCUUAUUAGUUAGAAUACUGAUGCUAAAUGAGAAGUGUUCAUGUUGUUCAAAAAAAACAAGAAAUGUACUCCUUGUUUUCAUCUUUAUAAAGGCUUAAUAUAAUGGAAGUGUGGUUCUUUCUAACUUUCGUUUAUAUUUUGUCGAUUCGUCCGUCACAUCAGGCAGAAAUCAAAGGCAGUAUCACAUAUACAUCUCCUGUAUUUUCAUUGUUUUACCAGGUCUUUCGAGCGAACAACACCAAUAUGGUUCAAUAAGUUAUCCAACGUCAAUGGAGAGGGAGAGUUCUUGGAGUCAAGAAGACGAAUCAUUGUGCAAGCACCGACAGUAUCGUUGAUGUUAUUUCCAUGGGCGAUCAAUUACACAAUGGUACACUGGCAGAACAUAUCGCCUUUUUCAAGGCCCACAUAAGUCGCUUGUCUCCACGACUGUCUGAGAUUUAUGGAGUCUACAGGCUGUUCGCAUUAGAGGUAUUAUUUCUUUUUACGUCACUAGUUUCUCGUCAAAACGCCAUGCACAAUAUCUACUCGAAUUUCGAGUUAUGAAUGAAAUUUACCCUCAUCAAUUAGUGAUGGACGGAAUUUUCUAUAUAUGCUUUGUUAUCUUCAAGCAAAAUUAUGUUGUAAACAACACCAUCUACAUUUUAAUCCAACAGAUUAUCACGUUGGUUGACGACGAUGACGUCAUCAGCAGAGCCAGUUUCGACAAAUAUCUAACAAACGAUUUCUUGCCCUAUGUCAAGUCAUUUUACGACGUUAGCGUCAAGGCGUAUACGGCCUUGGAUGAAAUCUUCCUCUUGUUGUUACAAGCCAUUGCAACAUUAAAGUUAAAGAAAAACGAGGUAAUAUCAGUACCAGAAAGGUUUACGUAAAUAUUCAAACUGGCAAACGCCCUAAUCUAAAAUAUUUAUGUAUGUGUAGUUAAGGUGGCUCCCUACAGUUCUAAAAAAGUUCAGGUAUUUUAGGUAGCGUUUGCCUCCGGCCAUGUUUAUAUUGAAUACACUUAAUACAGGGCAAUAUGACCAUUUUUGGCGUUUUCUUUGUGAUAAAAACUCAAAAACAACUUCCCGCUUCGUUUUUCUGAUGAUCUACCGGGCCACGAACAUUCCACGCGUGCGCGCGAGUAUGACGUCUGAUCUAUAUAAAGAUGUUUUAAACUGUACUAUAACUGCAGGGAGCCACCUUAAGACCACAAGUUGCUGGCUUCUAUUAACGAUCCAAUUACAUAAAAAGUAAGAACAAACUUCGACGUUCCGAGCUCAUAUGUUGGGAAGUUUGUUCUCUAUGUUUAUGGUUUGUGCUGGAAAUCGCUAACAAAAACCUCCAAUAUUGAGGCGCUAAUAGGAACGUAUUAAUAGGAAUAUUAUGGUAAAUGUUUGAGGAUUUAAAAUGACUUUGUUAUGUCUAUUCAAUUCAGGUUGCAAAGUGGAUGAGACCAAUGGUGAGAAGCAACAAGAACAAGAACGUGUUUUCGAUCGUUUUUGUCAUCCCAUCGGCCUUGGACGUCAUUCACCUGGCAAAAUUAGAUGACCCACCAACGGAAAAGAAUGUCAGAGAUCUCGUGAGCAAGGCAGAUGGUGCUAAAGGCGAAUACAAGUCGGCAUUUCAAGGUCACGAAAGAAAGAUAAGCUGUGUCAAAGUACCGCGACACAAUUUCAGCAAUGAAAUUCUACUGCAAAUUGAUGAACGUAUGUAUUUUUGUUUUUUGCUCGCCUGCAUGUAUUUUAUUGCAGAAGAGCUAUUUCCAAAGCUGGCGUCUGCGUUUGGUGACUGGCGCCUAUCUCUGUUGUUUUACGAUGUAUUUGUUUUGUUGCAAGAAUUGUUGUUCUUUUUUUGUUCUCAAGGCAUUUUUUUCGUCUUAUUUAGAUAUCUCUUAUGGUACCCUUUAUCCUGCGUUCAUAAUUAUACGAUUUCAUAAUUUUAUUGCAAUUGUUAAAAUAUUUUUUCUUGUCUUGCUAGUUUUUGAAAUGGCUAACAAUACUGAAACUGAUGAGCCUGCUGAUGAAGAAUCCUGCAAAGAAUGCAAGAAAAAGAAAGUCCAGUUGGAAGAAAUUGAAAACAAGCAUGAAAAGGAGAAGGAAGACAUGAAGCAAGAAUGGGAGAGAAAAAUUGAAAACCUGAUGUCGAAGUGGUCGAAAGAAAGAAACGAAAAGGAGAACCAGAUUCAAGAUCAAACAAAGAAAAUUGAAACUAUCAAGAGGCAGUUGAAAGAAAAGGAGGUUGAAUGUUUAAAACUAAAAAGCCAAAGGCUGCAACAUCAAUCACUGAGCCAAAGUAACCGUUCUGGAAGUGUAACGCAAGCCUUGGACAGAAUUGUGGGUAGGUUAAAUUAUCGCUGAAUUGUGGGUAGGUUAAAUUAUCGCAAAUUCGCACUUAUUUUGCAAAUGGCCAAAAUUUUGUCGUGAUGGUGGGUUUGGUUUAUGCUCUUCAUCCAUAUAUCACACAAUCUAUAAUUCUAGAAACUGAACCGCUAGAAUGUGCAACACCGGAAUGUGCAACAGUGGAAGAAAAACAAUUGGACGACUCAGGUCAGUUGCUAGGGUCAGUUGUGACACGAUGGGUGUGGUCAUGUUAUCAACAUAUUAAACUGUACCUUUUCAGCAUCUAUUCAUUUACAUUAAUUUCAUUUCUUUAGGAAUUGGAGAUGACAUGGACGUCAUCAUGGGCAUGAAUGAAGGGGGAUCCAGCCAUCAUGGUAAGCUGUUAGGUCUGGUAGACUAA